UAGAAUCGAGACGUUUAAAUCGCUCCUAGCGCGUGAGGUAGAAUGCUCCCAGCUUAACGUCCACGGUUAGCUAACCGGAUAAUAAACAACAUUAUGAUAAUAAACAACAUUAUCUCCGGUUAGAAAGUCUACUGACUGACAGAGAUCGUAUGAAGGGGACCGUCUUCGACUUUUAAUGCCGUUACAGUUUAUAUAUUCAGCCUGUAGAGCUAACUAAGGGCUUCCACAUCAAACAACCCGAGCUAGCCUCCGUUAGCUCGCGUUAGCCUCAGUUAGCUCGCGUUAGCUCCGGUUGUUUGCAGGCAGGUUAGGUCGCAUUAAAGUUUCUUAUUUGUACAUGUGAGCAGCUGACCGUCGUCUCGUGUGGUGGACACAUUGGUUCAUACGUGAGUGGAUGGUACUGUCCGAACAUUACACGAGGAAAUGACGCGUUUUAAACGACUGUUGUUGUGUUUGCUGCCCGUCAGGCUAACUUAGCUUAGUUAGCUUAGCUUCAGGCUAACUUAGCUUCAGGCUAACCGGAGCUGAAGUUUGAUGCUAGCAGGCGAAAUGAGCGAAGAAGAAUUACGUUGUUGAUGUUGAAGACUGGACAUUUAACACGCAUCCAGCUCGCUUUGUCACGACAUUAAGUAAACAAUAAAAGUAGUAACGACUUGGACUACAAACACAGAAGUGAUCGGCUGCAGAAUUUAGGUUUCAAACUCUACACCCCAGUCUUCCCCACUCAAGAGUGUUUCUUCAUCUCGGAGACUAAAUGCAACUGGACCAGGGGGCUUGUGGGCAUGAAGUGGCUGGGCGAAUCCAAGAACAUGGUAUUAAAUGGCAGACGACCCGGCAACAAGUUGACCAGCGAGCAGCCUGUGAGCCAGAGCCAGACCCGCUCUCAGCAUCCUCAGCGAUCGUCUCUGCGUCACUCUCGAAACCGCAGAUGUAGCCGCAGGUUCAGUGCAGCCAAUCUGGAGGCAGAGAGGCGCUAUGUGCCCUCCUCAGGAAUGACUGCCAAGGAGCUUUGUGAGAACGAUGACCUGACAACCAGUCUCAUCCUGGACCCGUACCUCGGCUUUCAGACUCACAAGAUGAACACCAGAUUUCGACCUGUCAAGGGAAGACAAGAGGAGCUGAAGGAGGUGAUCGAGCGCUUCAAGAAACACGACAACUUGGACAAAGCUUUCCGAGCUCUGACGUCCGGAGACUGGGCGCGAAAUCUUUUUCUCCACAAGACGAAAGCUCAAGAGAAGCUCUUCAAACAGCAUGUGUUUGUGUAUCUGCGUAUGUUUGCCACUGACAGCGGCUUUGAGAUUCUCCCGUGUAAUCGCUAUUCAUCGGAGCAAAACGGCGCCAAAAUCGUGGCAACCAAAGAAUGGAAAAGAAACGAUAAGAUCGAAUACCUGGUGGGCUGCAUCGCCGAGCUGUCGGAGAGCGAGGAGAACAUGCUGCUGCGGCACGGCGAGAACGACUUCAGCGUCAUGUACUCAACACGCAAGAACUGUGCUCAGUUGUGGCUGGGGCCGGCUGCGUUCAUCAAUCACGAUUGUCGGCCAAACUGCAAGUUUGUGUCGACGGGGCGGGACACAGCCUGCGUCAAGGUCCUGAGGGACAUCGAACCCGGAGAGGAAAUCUCCUGUUACUACGGCGAUGGAUUCUUUGGGGAAAAUAAUGAAUUUUGUGAAUGCUAUACGUGUGAACGACGGGGCACUGGGGCUUUCAAAUCCAAAGCUGGGCUGCCGGUGGAAGUGCCGGUGAUCAACAGCAAGUACGGGUUACGUGAGACAGACAAACGUCUCAACAGGCUGAAGAAGCUCGGCGAGGGAAACCCGAGCUCGGACAGUCACUCUGUCGGCUCCCACACGGACGUAGACUCUCAGGAAAUGCCAAAAACACAUCAAUCUGCCAGAAAAAGAUCUUCAUCCUCCUCGUCCUCUGGCCUGAAGUAUAAAAACAGGACUCAAUCCAGACAGACUUUGAACAGAGCCCUAACUACCUCAUGUUCCAAACAAGGUCGAGUUCACAAUAACAGGGUACCAAAGAGACUCAAAUCCCAAUCCAAGCCUUCACUAAGUAAAGUCCAGUUGCGGAGUCGCAGGCGGGGGGCGGAGCCUAAGGCCUUGGCCAAAGGGGAGACUCUUCAGCUGGGUCUCAGGGACUCAAAGGUGUCGCUGUGUAAAAGUGUCACCGUGAAGAAGGAGAGGGACGGACAGGAGCUGGCGCAGCGGGGCUGCCUCACCCGGCACGCUGCAAAGGAAAACGGAAAUCUGUCCCACGUGCAGAGCAGCCACUGCUCCACCUACAGAACUCGCAGGUCCACACGGACCCUCAUUAAAGCCCAGGAAACAGCAGGGGGCGUCAAACUGGAGCCCAGUGCCAUGGAUGGCCUGAGCCCGGUCCCUGGUGGUGUGGUCAUAAAAACAGAGCCGGCGGACAUGGAGGAAUACCUCCACCAUGGCGUCACUCUGGAGCAGCCGGCGCUAGACUCUGGCUAUGCCCAGAGAGGCUCGUGCAGGCGAAAACGUCUGACACGGCCUGGGGCAGAGAGGACGAUUAAAUGUGAGGACUCGUACGUCGAGCCUUUCAUGCCGAUGGCUGCUGGGCACGCUCCAAACUUUUCAGACUGUGGGAAUGUUCUGCUAGGCUUUGCCGACAGACACAGGGACUACAACGGGGUCGCCAACGGCAGCAAAUCCCUACGCAGGGACAAAGGUAAGAGCAGCUGCAGGUCGCAGGACAAGGGGAAGAAGAAACGUCGCAUCACUCGAUACGAUGCUCAGCUGAUCCUGGAGAACAGCACGGGAAUCCCCAAACUGACGCUCCGCCGGCGGAGGGACAGCAGCAGCAGCAAGACCAACGACACCAGCGACUCCAUCGGCUCCUCUAACCUCUCCGCCUCCGCCGUCAACUCGGCCUCUUCCAGCAAAAUCAGCAUCAAGUUCAGCAAGGACCACGACAAGGACAAAGGCAGCUCGUACAUCGCCAAGCUGAAUAACGGCUAUAACCCCGGCGUGCACAGCAACUCAACCAAGCUGAAGAUCCAGCUGAAGAGAGAGGACGAUGCACGCAGGAUAUCCCAGUCUAACGGGGACAUGAGCCAGAGUCUGGAGGCCAGGAAUGGGGGACAUCGGACCCAAAAGGUCCUGCCGGAGCCCUCGUCUGAGGAGGACGAUGAUGACGAGGAUGAGGAUGAGGAAGGAGAGGACGACGACGACGAUGAUGAGGAUGAUGAUGAUGAUUACUUCGACAACGAGUUUGACGAUGAUUUCAUUCCGCUCCCGCCGGCGAAGCGGCUCCGACUCAUUGUGGGCAAAGACUCGAUAGACAUCGAUAUCUCCUCCAGGAGGAGAGAGGAUCAGUCACUGCGGCUCAAUGCAUAAGCUGUGGAGCUCAUCACUCCAGCUCCCUGUAAAUAAUGAUGACUCUGAUCAACCAUGCGUUGAUGUAAAACAAGUACAGUAAUUUAAAAACACAAAAAAAUUGCUGAAAAAUAAAAAGGAACCUGAAUGAACGUUACUAGAAGGUGCUGUUGACCUGAAACAAAUCUCAGUUUUUCACUUCAGGCGAAUAUUUAAUUCAAGUUUAUAAAAAAGAGAACGACACUUCGGAGCCAAAGUCCUCCAGUCCACGUCCCUGAUGUUUGAUCAGCACAAUCCACUUCUUAUCGCCCAGAGCAUGUGGAAAAACGAGCGUUUGUUUCAGGUCCAACGCUCCCUUCAGUGAAUGCACUUGUUAUAUUCAUAAUGGACAUGGAUAUUGUAGAAAGUGUACAGUAUGGUGACUAUUCCCUCUGUCUCAUAGGCAGGUUUUUAUUGAACUGUUGAUUUAUUUUGUC